AUGGCCCCUCCCCUCCCACCUCACCCCCCUAACCGACCCAGUGGCGCGUCUGACGCGAUCAUGGAAGACAUGGAACUCGGCGACGCGUCUACGACGCGUCUUCCUGCCAAACCGGAUAGCGAGCCACCCCCCUCGGUUCUCCUCGCGUACCUGGCUAACUUCAUUGCCAACCCCAACAAUCGCUCACCUCAAGGAGCGGUAAUCGUCGAUCCGAGCUCGCUUGGAGCUAUCUCAGCGAUGAUGGACGCGGAGGCGACGCGUCUCAAGGAAUUGAAUAGGCAGAUGAAUCAAAUGUCGCGAAUGGUCGAAACCUUUGAUGCUCGCCUCAAAGCUCUCGAAGGCGGUCACGUGCCAAUCCUUGACCCCAAGACUCAACCUGCUAAGCAGUCAUACGCGAAAACUAUAGCUCCUUAG